CUAUUUCACUUACAAGGUAAAAAAUGGCUUCUUUUCAUGAUGCACAAGAGUUUUGGGGUAACCAAGGUGGGGAAGACGAAGUGGACGUGCUAUCAGUAGAGCUUAUCGCCAUGAUAGUGCCGUCGGAGUUGCAAGAUUCACCCAGAACCGCCACGCCGGAGAGUAGCGCUAGUUCGAGCGCGGGUGGUGGUUCUAAUGACCACCGGCCUUCAACUUCCAGUGAUUCGACUACGGAAGAGACACCCAGUGAAGCGGAGGGUGUUGAAGAGGUUGGGUGCAGUGCGCCGGCGAUGAGUACAGAAGCGGAGGUGGUUUUGUUUGAAGGGGCGGCACUGCAUCACGAAGUUGCAGAUGGGGCGGCCACAGUAAAGGGGUACAAAAAAUUAGAGGAGAUGGUGAGGAGAUACCAGAUCCCUAGGACUGUUUUGAUCCGAGCUGGAACACCAAACGAAUGGGCAUGUUCAGUAUCACGGACGGGCUGGGUGCCAAUAUACGUAGACCAUUUUGACGCCGAUCUACGGUUUCCUCUGCCCGGACUAAUUUUUGAUGUCCUGACAGAGUACGAGCUGGCCCUUCCACAGCUAACCCCCAACAGCAUAAAGUUUAUCAUAGGUUUUAUGCUGUUGUGUGAGAGGUUGGGGAUGCUCGCGAAGGUGGUGGUCUUCAGGUCGCUCUUCCUAUGCCGUUUGUGUCCGUCCACCAGUGGAACGAUAUGGUACUACAUCUCGGGGAGAGAGAAGAUGAUGAUAUUCACCAACAUCAGAAAUAAGGUGGCGAGGUGGAAGAGACAGUUUGUUUUCAUUCGUGAGACACGAACCGAAAGAGUCAGUAACGAGCUCGCCGCCCGUCUAUCAGAGUGGCGUACACCCAAUACCUAUAUGAACUACCUACAGCUGACUGUUGGUGAUGUCGACCUGAAGAACUGGCUGCUCGAAGAAAUGAGCAGCAUAUUAGAGAGGCAGCGCCAACGAGCACGAGGGUUGAGGAACCGUGGAGCUGGGUCCGGUUCCCAACGCCAGACUCGCUUUGACGAGCGGCCACCUGCAGCACCUGGGCGCAACUCAUCGCACGGGAGUUCCAACUUGGCACCGAGGCUGCAUGUCGAGCAGAGAGUUGAGCCUACGCCCUCAAGCUCAAGAAGGCGCGCGAGGGAGGACUUUGACGCCGAAGAUGACAUCCCCCUCAUCCAGCGGAGGACAAUGGGGCCAAGAAUUUCAUACCCAGAUAGCUUCAGUUACGUAAAGACUGAUUGUCAGGCCACCAUGCUACAGGGUAUGCAGAAUUUUGUGCCCCCUGCAAACCAGCAACGUGCGAAGGGGCACGUUCAGCAGCAUGGAGGACAUGCUGCUCUAAUCAAGCUUAUGGAUGCGUUUAGCUACACCGUCACACUCUUCGAGUGCGACCAGGGAGCGCGGAGCUCAAAGAUGGCAAACCGAGCGGCGUCAGCAGAGAGCCGAGCCGACGAGUUGGCCCGUAAGGUCAACGAGCUGAAGGAGGACCUUGAAAGAGCUCAGACCGAGAAGAAAAGCAGCAUUCAAGCUGCGAAGGAGGAGGCCGGUCGUGCAGAGGACCGGGCCAAGAAGGCAAAAUCUAACAAAGAGAAGACUCUGCAUGAGCUGAGCGCCCUGAGAGAGAGGGCCUUGCAAGCUGAUCAGCACGUCGCCCGGGUUAAGGCGUCCUUGGAGAGGACCAAGAGGUUCCACCAACGCGAUGUCUGCUUUGCCCGUGCACAAGGGGCUAAGUGGCUGGUGGGAGUAGAAAUGUUCCAGGACGCCGUCGUUGUUGCCUCAGCCAACACCACCACGGACAUUUUCAACGAGGUUCGUGGAAAGGUGCUACAAGUUCGAGCUGACUUCCCCAUCGGCGAGCUAGCCUUCUUGGAGGGCGAGGAGAUUGAUGAAGAAGGGAAAGGCCUCACCCAACCAAUUGACACGCAGGUGAGGCUGAAAUGGGAGCUUAAUGAAGAGGGGUUGCCCAUGUGGCCCCCUACCGUAGUGGAAGAGGGGGUAGACACAGAGGGGUUACCAAGCUUUAAUGCUUGGGUUGCAGACCCCCAUGACGUGCCUGCUGAACCUUCCAGCACUCCCCCAUCUGCUCAGCCCGCCUCGGCCGCUGCUCUUGCUCCCUUUCCUUUAGAUCGGCCAUCUCCUGCUCGGUCUAUUUCUGUGCCCAAUGAUGCAUCCAUUCCCAUCAACUUGACGGAUGACUAGUAUAGGAUUUUUUGCUUUGUCUUUUGUAUUUUUGUGUUAAUCGAUGAACUCAUUCAUGAAGUUCUUCACAUGUAAAAAAUCAUUGAUGAAAUAUAAAGUUGAAUCUUUUCUUUUAAGAUUUCUGUAUUGAAUUUUCUGUACAUUAUCAUUUACAAUUGAUUGAUGACAACUUGAAUAAGAUAAUAAUAUACAUGUUUAACUGUA